UUAAAAUUAAUAACACGUUCACUCAAUUUAGCAACACUUCAUACAAGAUAAGAUACAUAAAGUGUUAGUCAGGAACUAGUAUAAAAUCAGUUUACAACAGUGUUUCGUUUAAUUCGAAUCGUAACACCGGUGGUUCUAAGUGGACAAAUUUAGUAAUCCAAAAUGGCACAUACAUAUAAACUUAUAUAUUUUGACGUCACCGGAAAGGGUGAACCAAUUAGAUUGCUUUUAAGCUAUGGAGAAAUUCCAUUCGAAGACAAACGUGUCGAGUUUGGGGAGUGGCCAAAAAUUAAGCCAACUACUCCUCUUGGACAACUUCCAGUGUUGGAGGUUGACGGUAAAGCAAUCCCCCAAAGCACUGCAAUCUGCAGGUACUUGGCAUCAAUACUAAAACUCGAUGGUAAGGAUGCGAAAGAAAAUCUUGCACUAGAUGUUGCGUUGGAAACUCUGUUUGAUUUACAAAAACUUGCCACAGAAAUAAAGUAUGAAAAGGACGCGGCUAAGAAAAAUGAGAAAGUUGAAAAAUUGAAACAAGUAUUACCUGUUUAUUUUGGAAAAUUAGAAGAAUACGCUAAGAAACACAAUGGUUACGUAGCGUAUGAAAGGAUAUCAUGGGCUGAUAUUCUAUUUGUUUGCGUGUAUGAAGUAUUGGUCAAUGCUGUAGGUAAAGAAGCCGUAGCUUCUUACCCAAGUUUACAGCAAGUUAAGAAGAAUGUUCUAUCAGCAAAAGGUAUUAAUAAAUGGAUUAAAAAUAGACCAGCAGUCGAGGGAUAUGAUUUGAAACAAGAUCUUUAAGAAUUUUCUAUAUAAUUUUUAUUUAAUCAAUAAUUAAUAUUGGUACUUUCUUUAUACACAAAAUAAACAAAAUAUUUACAAUUUUUA